AUGUCUGACAAACCCCUCCGCAUCGUCUUCGCCUGCGACGAGGCCGGUCAGCCGUACAAGGAGACCCUGAAGGCCGCUCUGGAGAAGAACCCCCUCGUCGAAUCCAUCCAGGAUGUCGGCGUCAACUCCACCUCCGACAAGACUGCCUACCCUCACCCCGCCGUUGCCGGCGCCAGACUCAUCAAGGAAGGCAAGGCGGACCGUGGUCUCUUCAUCUGUGGCACCGGUCUGGGGGUUGCCAUUUCCGCCAACAAAGUUCCCGGCAUCCGUGCUGUCACCGCGCACGACUCCUUCUCCGUCGAGCGCUCCAUCUUGAGCAACGACGCCCAGGUCUUAUGCUUCGGCCAGCGUGUCAUCGGCAUUGAGCUAGCCAAGAAACUCGCCAAUGAAUGGGUGACUUACCGCUUCGACCCCAAGAGCGCUUCCGCCGCCAAGGUGCAGGCCAUCUCCGACUACGAGGCCCAGCUCCUCGGUGCUCAGUAA